GCCGCCGGCGGGCAGCGAGCCGGCCGUCACGUGGCGCGAGCGCACCGCACCGCACGGCGCGCGGGGGACGGUGCUGCGGAGCCGCGGCCGCCGCGCUGCACAUCCCGCUUCCCAACCCCCCCGCCUUCCCCGCCUCCGCGCCGUCCGCCCUGCCCGCGGGGCGCGGGAGCCGGUGACGGGAGCGAGGCGGAGUCUGGAGGGAAGAUACCCAGAGAUAGAGAUUUAAAUCACAUCCCCGGCUGUAGAAGGGGCAGCAGCAGCAGCAGCCGCCCCGGCGCAGAGGCACGGACGCACGCGCCGAGACAGGUUCGCCGGCUCCGCCGCUGCUGCUGCUGCUCACCAUGGGUGCCGCCGCCGAGCCCCCCCGCGCCGUGGGCCUGGUGUCCAGCGUGGUGAACGACACCCUCGAGUUCUACCGCUGGACCUGGAGCAUCCGAGACAAACGUGUUGAUGAUUGGCCCUUGAUGCAGUCUCCAUUUCCAACACUGACUAUAAGCACUAUUUAUCUCCUCACUGUCUGGCUGGGCCCCAAAUGGAUGAAGACAAGAGAGCCCUUCCAGUUACGUUUCCUGUUGGUUGUUUACAACUUUGGGAUGGUUCUGCUCAACUUCUUCAUUUUCAAAGAGCUGUUUUUGUCAUCAAGAGCUCGCGGUUACAGCUAUGUCUGCCAGACUGUGGAUUAUUCAGAUAAUGUUUAUGAAGUUAGGAUAGCUGCUGCAUUAUGGUGGUAUUAUGUCUCUAAAGGAAUUGAAUAUUUGGAUACAGUAUUCUUCAUCUUGAGGAAGAAAUUUAACCAAAUCAGUUUCCUUCACGUCUAUCACCAUUUCACCAUGUUUACCUUGUGGUGGAUUGGUAUUAAGUGGGUUGCCGGUGGCCAAGCUUUUUUUGGAGCUCAGAUGAACUCAUUUAUUCAUGUCAUUAUGUACAUGUAUUAUGGAUUAGCUGCCUGUGGCCCUAAAUUUCAGAAAUACCUGUGGUGGAAACGAUACUUGACCAUAUUGCAAUUGGUGCAGUUCCAUGUGACUAUUGGCCACACAGCCUUGUCUAUUUAUAUUGAUUGUCCUUUCCCUAAAUGGAUGCACUGGGGUGUAAUUUUCUAUGCUGUCACCUUCAUUUUCCUAUUUGGUAACUUCUACUAUCGGACAUAUAAGCUGCCCAAGGAACCCGUAAAGAAUGGCAAAAUAGCAAAUGGUGCUGUUGCAAAUGGAGUAAGCAAACCAGAAAAUAAUCCAGUAGUGGAAAAUGGAAAAAAGCAGAAAAAGGGAAAAGCAAAAGGAGAGUAACUUGAUCCAGGCCUUAACCAUUGUUGACAGAGAGGAACCUUCAGUUGGGUUUAUAAAAGGAAGAAAAAAACACUAUCUGUACCAAUUAACCUUAGGUUACUGAAGAGCUAGAACACAGAUAUUUUCAUUAUUUAUGAAGAUUGUUCUAAGAGCAACACUAAAGUUGAAUUUCUAUCGUAAUUAUGUAAUUAUCAUGCAUAUGGUCUCUGUGUAAACUUGUAGACUGCUGGUGUUGGUGAAUGUAAGGAAGAAUUGCAGUUGAUUCCAUGUUUAGCAGUCCAAAAGUUAAUACUACCAUUGAUACAGGCAGUUUUGUUGGCACCCACAUUUCUUUGGGGGAGGGAGGGGAAGGAAGUUGCAUUUGGAUACUUGUGUUUUCUUUCCAGAAAAUUAUUAAAUUUGAGAUUAUGGUGUAUUAUCUAAUCAGAAUGUGCAACUUUUCUUGUCCUCCUUGGAGAGUAUCUUCAGACACAUUAUGUGCUUUCAGAACAGUGUUUGACUUUUCAGACAUUACUUGAUUUGAGUGUCUGUUACAGUUGGGGUUUUUUGGGUUUUUUUUGUUUGUUUUUGUUUUUGUUUUGUUUUUUUUUCUUGUGGAAAUAUACCUACCUCUUCAUCUGCUGAAAAUAAUAUUGAACAUUAAAUAACUGGUUUGUCAAAUAUGGUGUCCUCUAAUAUAAAUAUUCAUUAACACUAAUUCAGGACAAAACAUGAUUUCCUGUGGGAGUUAAAGGAAUUUGGGGGGUUAUUUUUUGUUCAAGUCAUCAAUAACCUUUUCAGUCUGAACUUAAAUUCUGGAGUGGUACUUUUAGUAUAGCUAAGUGAAGAUAAAAUUUUAAGGAUGUAUAAAUAUGAAACAAUACAUUGUUUGGAGCAAGCAAUAGAAGUAGGCCCGCUGCUUGUUGUCCAUGACCUGCAUUAAACCUUUGGUGCUGACUGAUACUCAAAAUGAUAUGAUAAUGUUACGAUGGAGAUAAAACAACAAUAUGUAAUUCCCUUUAGAAAUGCUCUGUGUAUGGGUAGUCAUGCUAACCACAAGAUAGUCACUUUACUGGGAGACAGAAUUUAGUUAAAAAGUGCUAAAUACAGCAAAUAUAAUAUGUUGAAAAUGCUGCUACUGCUCAAUGCCCAUUAAAACUCUAUUUGUUUAGACACUUGCAAAAAAAAAAAAGUACUGCUAGUAUUCAGGCCACCAUUUUAAUAGGAAUGUCAGAGAUGGACUUCUGAAGCUCUGUUUCCAAAAUAUUCUUGGUUCUCUUCAACUGAACUGGCAAAGUGAUUCUGCUGAUCAUUUUUAGUCAAAACUGCUAAAAUAAGUAGAAGCCUUUUAGACGGCUUUUCAUCCUAUGUGCUACAUUAAUGGACUUCGUACUGCUCCUUUUGUAAAGAAAAUAUAGGAAGAGUUAUUCUGCCUCCAAAUAAUGUGAUUACUAAGAGAGAUGUUUUGAGCUUAUGAUGGGUAUAAGAUGGGUGGAAUAAGAAACCAUAUCCUGAACGCCCAUGUUCCUUGCUUAUCACUGCAAGAGCUCCUGUGUUGCUGUCUAAAUGCAUUCCUCCCAGCUCUGAUCAGAAACAUAUUCAUAGUUAGUGACAAACUUGCAUCUGGCAAGUGACACUGUUGUUGCAGGAAAAAAAGUACGUGGAGCUAUAGGUGACACGUUUAAUAGUUUUUGCAUCUCGAUUAUCCAUCAGGUCACAUCUUCUGUGUGUCAGGUUUGUCUCUUGUCUGUGUAAUAAAAUCCGUCUAAGCCUAAAAACCUGGUCCUAGGAGAAAAAGGGUUAGAUAUCAUCUGUUGCAUUCAGAAAUAAUUCCUAAUGCUGGAGUUGAUACAGCUGGAAGGUAGUUCUUCCAUAGUUACCACCACCAUGGAUUUUAUGGCAGAAUAUAGUCUUGUGAAAGAAUGUCUCUGCUGAACUGUAAUGUGUGCGACCAUUAAGUUUCCUAUCUGCUGUGUCUUGCAAUUUUUCAAGCCUUUGUACUGAUGCUUUUUGCAUUUGCAUAACUGUGUAUUUAUGGAGUGUGGCAUGGGGAAGAGGGAUUGCAGUCUACCCUUCCUUCUUGGACAAAUGCCACUACCCUAACUAAGCCAAAAUGCUGGCUGACUGAGUAACUUUGGAAUGGCCGAAGGAGCAAAUAACUACAAAGCAAGAUAGCAGAUUUACAGCACACCUGCUACUCCAAGGUAAUAUCUGGUGUGAAUACACUUACCCUACUGUAAAUUCAAGGUAGCUUACCUCACUUUGAUUAAAGGGUCUCUUCUUUCUCUUUGCCAUGGGAUGCGGACAGCUAACUUGUAAAUCUGUACCAUUCCUUGUAUUGUGUUAAACUGGUCGUUUGCUCUGUCUUUCUUUUGGCAAGCCAGAUCAGAUAAACUGAUUCUCUUAAUGUGAUCUAGCUCUAAAAGAGCACAUUGAGAAGUAUUCCAGUACAGGUUCAAUUCUGUCUCUGCUACACUUUGUAAAGUAAGAAUUAUGUCUUGCAUGUUGGCAAAUACUUAAACAAGUGAAAGUCAAAUCUUCCCUCAUCAUGUAUGGAAGCUGCUGAAAGUUGAUAACAACUUGAACCUUAUUGGCAGAACUUGAGUAGAAUCCAACCCUCAAAUCUGGGGCACUUUGUAACUUUUAAGAAAAAGUGAAACAACGCACUGUGGGAAUUCAUGCAUACAUACACAUCAUGGUGUCUGGCCCUGUUCGGUAAAACCAAUUUGAGAGAUUGGCAUUUCAUGGAAAAAAAAAUCCAUUAUUAAAUUGCUGGAACACUGCUGUUUUGAGUCCAUCUUCUGCAAUAUGCUUUCCAAGGUUAAUUUAUGAUCUAUUUGAUUGUUCACAUGAGUUGAGUCUGAUUAUGAUCCUGAAUACAAUGGCCUUAUUAAAUGUGCAUUUUUGUAGGCUUUGUCUUGAGUGCAAUACUUGUGUUUUUGAUUAUGCAGCCAGACUCACAGAAUACAGGGCUGAACUUGUACAGCUUUUUAUUUUUCACAAUUUGAGACAAUGAUGCACACAUGAGAUACUGCCAGAUUCAUUAAAGUCAUCACUGAAUCCGAGGUACCUCAGAAUUUUGCCAUGAAAGUAACAGCACACACAUACAUAUAUAUAUAUAUAUAUAUAUAUAUAUGUAUGUGUGUGUGUGUGUGUUAUCUAUACACAGAACUGAAAUUUAAAUUAUGAAAUCUACUUUGCAUGUCUGGGAUAUUUUUUUCCUAAAUGUUUCCCAUUUAUUGAAAUUGAAAUUCAAACCAUUUGGAAUUUUUUUUGCCAAUGAAGGAUACUUUUUGCUAACAGUUGUGAAUCUCUUAGACCAGAGUGUCAUAAUUAUUUGAUGCCAUGUAAGUGAUACCAUUUCAUUUAGCCUCAUCUCUAGCAGUGGCAGUUAUUGGAUUCUUUUAGCACUUUGUCAGUGUAAAAUAAAUACAAAUUAUCUCUAUAUAUGUGUGUAUAUAUAUGUGUGCACAUACAUAAUGUAUGUGUACACACACAUACAUAUAUUGGUUCUUAGCAGGUUCUUUCAAUAUGUGAAGUUAUGUUUCUUUAAUAUGAAGCUGUCAGGAGCUAACAGAACAGUUCUUACAACUCUAGCAGUAAAAUGAAGCAGUUUUCAUUGAUCCAUAGAUCAAAUAUCAGUCUUGCAGACAUAAACAGUAUUUGUCAGUCAUUUUAGACACAGGAUGGCAGGUAAGCCAGAGCCAUUUCUCCCAGUGUAAUAAAGAUUGAGGCAUCAGCUGUAGAUUCUGAGGGGGAAGGAACCUCAACUCAGAGAUGAAUUAUGCUAUUCUAUAGUAGGGAUCAUUUUAAGCAACAGUAUGAGUAAUAUGCUCCAGGUAAGUCUUUGAAGAGAUUGCAAUCAAUGCAAUGUUUAAGAAAACACUUAUUAAAUAAUGUUUUUCUGUAGGUUCAAAAGCAUGACCUAUUUGAUUAUAUGACCAUUAACUACUUCCAGCUCCAGGAGAAAAAGAUGAAGGCAAAAUAAAAAUGCUGCACAUUUUUUUCAUGUUAACCUUAGGGCACCUUUCUUCAUAGUAAGCCCUUCACCUCAUGUGCUGGAGAGGUAGGUAAGAAACAAAUACACAGCUAUAUUGCUGGAAGUCUCACUCCUAAAAUAGCUUAUAAGCAUACUUGCUAUCUCUUAAGAACUUGAGUAAAACUGUUCAUGAUGCAUAAAGUCAAACCUUGCAUGAAGUUACUGUGGGAUUACGGUUGUAGUGUUUAAACAGAUGCUUAAAUGUGUUUCUGUUAAAAUUGAAAAGAAUGGGGAGCGUAUUGUCUGGACAGUGUAUUCAUCUCUAUUAGAAGCCCAAGUUAAGCCAAUUUGGUACCUAGAGCAAGUCACCCAUCUUACAUCUCGUUGCGUUGCAGUCUGAGUCGCCCCCUUUGCUAACGUAAGCAGUCGGAGCUCUGUGGAAAUUGGUGGGGUGUUUCCCCUUUACAUCAGCAGAGUACGUUUAACCCUAAAGAACAGAGAAAAUACUUGCUUUCUGUCAAUAUCCCAGGAGGAUGAGGGAAAUGUAUGGUUCAGGAUGCUGCUUUUGCAAGGUGUUCAUGCUUUUGUAAACAAUAAUAAAUAAAUAUUACUUUUUCA